AAGAGAGAGAUGCUACUCUUUUCCCUUCUUUUCUAUUUGGCUUUACCUUUGUUGUGUUUAAUGGGCGGUGCAGAGUCUCCGAGAGAUGGCAAUGUUUCCUUGCUGCCGAAGACAGCUUGGCAGUAGCACGUUAAGAAGCCAUGGAGAAAGAAAACAAUUUGGGAAAAGGAGGUAAAAACAAAAGAGUUUGCAGAAGAUUCGUCUGAGCUGAGAGCAAGAGGUCGAGAAAGAAAGGCAAGGGGCCAUUUUGUUGUGUUUGGGCACUCGCUUCUGUCAUUUGUGGCACACCUCUUUGAAUCCUUUACCAGCCCUCCGUUCCACUGCAAAUCUCGAGUAAAAGUUGCGCCUUUCUUGUGGUGGUGAGAGUGCGCGUCCAAGGAGUGGGGUUUUUGGGGACUCCGUUGUGUUCUUGAGGAGGAAGCAGAGGGACAAGAGAAUAGAUAUGGCCGGAGCCGCGGCGCCGCCGAAGCAGGACGAGUUGGUGCCGCAUCCCGUAAAGGAUCAGUUGCCCAAUGUUUCCUUCUGCAUCAAUAGUCCUCCUCCUUGGCCUGAGGCCAUUCUUCUUGGUUUCCAACAUUACCUGGUUAUGCUGGGAACCACUGUUAUUAUCCCCACUGCACUUGUUCCUCAAAUGGGGGGAGGAAAUGAUGAGAAAGCCAGGGUAAUCCAGACACUGUUGUUUGUGGCUGGUAUUAACACCCUUCUCCAGACCUACUUCGGUACUUGUUUGCCGGCUGUGAUGGGCGGGUCGUAUACCUUUGUAGUGCCUACCAUAUCUAUCAUCUUGGCUGGGCGUUACAGCAAUAUCGUGGAUCCUCAUGAGAAAUUCUUGCAUAUCAUGCGUGGAACCCAGGGUGCACUAAUCGUAGCUUCAACGCUUCCAAUUAUUGUCGGUUUUAGUGGUCUUUGGCGUAAUAUAACUAGAUUCUUAAGUCCGUUGUCAGCAGUUCCUCUGGUUGCACUAGCUGGGUUUGGGCUCUAUGAGCUUGGAUUCCCUGGGGUUGCCAAAUGUAUUGAGAUUGGGCUACCAGUGAUUAUUCUAUUAGUAAUAUUUUCGCAGUACAUUCCUCAUGCUGUACACUCGGAGAGGCCUGUCUUUGAUAGAUUUGCUGUCAUAUUUUCAAUUGCAAUUGUGUGGGUUUAUGCAUACUUCCUCACAAUUGGGGGGGCAUAUAGGCAUUCUCCACAAAAGACGCAAUUGCAUUGCCGUACUGAUCGUUCUGGACUUGUCGGUGGUGCUCCCUGGAUACGAGUUCCAUACCCUUUUCAAUGGGGUGCACCAACUUUUGAUGCUGGUGAAGCUUUUGCAAUGAUGGCAGCUUCACUUGUGGCCCUUGUAGAGUCUACUGGUACUUUUAUUGCUGUUGCAAGAUAUGCAAGUGCAACGCCAGUGCCUCCCUCAGUUCUCAGUCGAGGUAUUGGUUGGCAGGGUAUUGGUAUCUUGUUGGAUGGAUUAUUUGGAACUGCAAAUGGUUCAUCAGUAUCAGUUGAAAAUGCUGGUUUGCUGGCUUUGACACGUGUUGGCAGCCGGAGAGUCGUGCAAAUAUCUGCAGGAUUCAUGAUUUUCUUUUCCAUUCUUGGGAAAUUUGGAGCGGUCUUUGCAUCCAUUCCUGCUCCAAUUUUUGCAGCCCUUUACUGUCUUUUCUUUGCAUAUGUUGGUGCUGCUGGUGUUAGUUUCCUGCAGUUCUGUAAUCUUAACAGCUUCCGUACCAAAUUCAUCUUGGGAUUCUCUGUUUUCAUGGGUUUGUCAGUUCCACAGUACUUCAAUGAAUACACUUCGGUUGCCGGUUAUGGUCCAGUUCACACUGGAGCAAGAUGGUUCAAUGAUAUCAUUAAUGUGAUAUUCUCUUCGAAGCCAUUUGUCGCGGGCUUUGUGGCAUUUUUCCUGGACAAUACUCUCCAUAGGAAUGACAGUACUGUAAGGAAAGACAGGGGCUAUCAUUGGUGGCAAAAGUUCCGAUCCUUCAAGGGCGAUUCGAGAAGUGAUGAAUUCUACCGAUUACCCUUCAAUCUCAAUAAGUUCUUUCCCUCAGUAUGAUCUCUAUAGAAGAGACAUUGUUUGCAAUGCAUGUCACCUUGUCCAUGUAGGGAGUUCUUUAUCUUGGCCCAAGAGAAACCUUUCAUUGUUAAUGUAUCCUGGUGGAUUUAUCUGUUGACAUUUUCUCUCAAUACAUGUUUAAGUUGUAUAUGUCAUAGUCGAUACGGAUUACUCCAUGGAAGAUAUCACUACCUUAUUUGCA